AGACUCCAGAUCAGUAAAAAUAAACAUGAGGUUUAUGGAACAGAUAUUCUUCUUACCAAAAAUUUAAAUGAUUGCAGUUAAAAAAAAGGUUAAAUGAUUGUACGACAUUAUUUACACUUGUGGUUCUCUUUACAGGCAGCAUACCGAAAAUUAUUCUGUGCGUCGAAGAUACUGAACAAGGAAGAUUCUCAAAAGAAGUUCCAACAGAAAAUAUUCUCACAACAAACUAAACGGCGAUGCUAGUUUUUGUACCCAGUGAUGUCUCACGUGUUGGAUUGGAUCAGGUGGCCAUAGUAAGCUUGGUCAACUAAAUCACACGGACAAUGAAAGAGCCAAUGAUUGCCGGCAAUUCAGUUAACCCCUUUAAGCUCCACUAGCAUUAACAGGCUUAAAGUUCGCUUUUCAGGUAGGCAUACAUGCCAAAAAUCCAGAAUAACCAUCAGAAAACUCUUUGUACUGACAUGUGGCGACAUGUAUGGCUCUGCCAAGAGCUGCCUGGUUAAACAAGUUCUGUCAUUAGCUAAAUGGCGAAGCUCAGGUCCCUGUCGUCACAGUCAGCACUCCAGAUAAAGCAUAACGAGAAUAGCAUUAACUAGUGCUGGGUAAUUGACCCAGUCCUAGCUGGGGGCAGAUUCUUCAGCAUUCAUGCGCCUAUAUGGACUUCCAUGAUUCUUUGGCAACUGACACCUUCCCACUUCCUCGGCAGUCUCUGAGUAGAGACCAGAGGAGCCAGAAUGGCGUCCACACUAGUCAUGCAGCUCGUGCUGCUGUUACUACUGCCAGUGACUCGAGUGUCAGCUCAGGAGCAGCAGCAGCAGCAGCCACCGCCGCAGGUUGUGCGGCCCGACUGCCGCAACAAGUGCGGCAACAUCACCAUCCCAUACCCCUUUGGCAUCGGCGCUGGUUGCUUCCGCAACGACGGCCGAGGUGGCUUCCAGCUCGAGUGCAAUGACUCCCGCUCGACACCGCGGCUUACCGUGGCUGGCUAUGGGAUCCGCAUCACCAGCCUGUCCAUCGUUGCUAGCGAGGCCAGGGCCAGCCUCAGAGCAACACGCCGAUGCUAUGACAGCAAGGGGCACAUCAUCGGCAGGAGCGGCGCCACGUCCGUACCACUCAUCGACAGCCACUACCUCUUCUCCCAGGCCAGGAACCGCCUCGUCGCGCUUGGCUGCUCCAACCUCGGCUACUUUGUCGAUGCCGACGGCUACUACGUCAGUGGGUGCAUGGCCGUGUGCGGGCCACAACAGUUCACUGCGCCGGGGUCCUGCACAGGUGUGGCCUGCUGCCAGAGCACGAUACCCCCCGCUGUUGACUACUACGAGCCAUACGUGCUCGACUUCACGAAGGAGCAGAGAGACAGAGGCAUAGUCUUCUAUAGCAACAGCACAACCUGCCGGUAUGUGUUCCUGGUGGAGACCAAGUGGUUAAGCACAACAUUGGCUGGUGACGGAGAGUACCUCAACCGGACCGGCGACUUCUCUGUGCCCGUCAUCCUCGAUUGGGCGGUCCGAAACGUCGGCAACUGCAGCGCCGCCAGGCGCAACACAACCGACUAUGCAUGCCAGAGCACGCUCAGCGAUUGUGUCGACUCCAAGAAUGGCAUUGGGUACCGCUGCAACUGCUCCAAGGGGUAUGAGGGCAACCCCUAUCUGCAAGACGGAUGCAGAGACAUCAACGAGUGCCAACGCAAAGAAGAGCAAUCAUGCUACGGUGUCUGCACAAAUACUCUGGGAAGCUACACUUGCCAAUGCCCGCCAGGGACUAGUGGAGAUGUCACAACAAAGGAAGGUUGCCGACCAAAGGACAAUUUCACGUUAGCCCUGAAAGUAGUUACAGGUAAACGGAUAAUACAGCAAAUGGAUUGCUCUUGCAAUUUCACUGUUGCUCCUGCAAUUGUGUUUCCAAAAGCUAAUGAUAAUGCUAUGUCGUAUUCAGGAGUCAGCGUCGGAGUGUUCUUGCCAGCGUUCAUGUGCUUCUGGCUCUACUUGGGGCUCCAGAAGAGGAAGCUUAUCAGAACAAAGCAAAUGUUCUUCGAGCUAAAUGGAGGCCUCUUCCUGCAGCAGCAGAUAAGUAACUACAAUGGCACCAACACAGGCACUGGUGGUUUCAAGAUCUUCUCCAAGGAAGAGCUACAGAAAGCGACCAACAACUUCGCGGCCGAUCGUAUUCUCGGCCGCGGUGGGCAUGGCAUUGUCUACAAGGGUGACCUUGAGGACAAGACAGUGGUGGCGAUCAAGAAGUCAAAGAUGACGGAAGAGGUCCCAACCAAGGAAUUUGCGAGGGAGAUGUUCAUCCUCUCCCAGAUCAACCACAGGAAUGUCGUCAAGCUGCUCGGAUGCUGCCUCGAAGUAGAAGUGCCCAUGCUGGUCUACGAGUUUGUCUCAAACGGUACACUCUACCACUACAUCCAUGGUCGGAGGGGCCUUGACGCCGAUACAGGCUUCGCCACCUGCCUUCGAAUAGCAGUAGAGUCAGCCGAGGCACUGGCAUACAUGCACUCUUCAGCCUCGCCGCCGAUUCUCCAUGGAGACGUCAAGACGGCAAACAUUCUGUUGGAUCAUAAGCUUACAGCAAAAGUUUCAGAUUUCGGAGCAUCAAAAUUGGCACCAACUGAUGAGGCCAAGAUGGCAACGUUGGUGCAGGGAACUUGCGGUUACCUUGACCCAGAAUACCUAAUGACAUGCCGGCUGACUGAUAAGAGUGAUGUGUACAGCUUCGGUGUCGUCUUAUUGGAGCUUCUGACAAGGAAGAAGGCACUGUACUUCGACGGGCCGGAGGAAGAUAGAAGCCUUGUUUUAUGCUUCAUGAUGGCAGUGAAGGUAGGUCAGCACCAAGACCUUCUGGACAGCCAAGUGAGGGACGAGAUGACAAUCGAAGCGCUUGAAGAGAUUACGCACCUUGUUAUGAGAUGCUUGAACAUGAGUGGGGAGGAGCGGCCAACGAUGAAGGAGGUUGCAGAGAGAUUGGAGAUGCUGAGGAGAUACCACCACCACCCGUGGGCUCAAACAGAUGCCACUCCAGAGGAGGAACAGAGCUUGCUUGAUAUUGAACCAACAAAUGUGAAUUACAAGUUCACACGGGAUUGUGUCCUUGAUUUUGAAGCAAGCAGUAUAUACAGCUAUAGCUCAUAGAUCAAAAUAUGCAGUUCCAUCUUUUCUCCAUAUCUUUCAGAUAUGAUUUUUCUUUUAUAUAAGAAAGCAAGCACAUGCACAUAUGAUGGUUGCAGAAAGGUGAUCUAAACCUCACACGGGUUGUACAAUUCAGUGAAACUGUAGAACUGAUCUACAUCAUUCUAUGCAAAUAUGCCCAUUAGUUGCUUAAUGCUUUUCAAUUUUAUUAAAAGUUGUUGAAAGCAAUAGGAUGUGAAGAGAACUCGCAAUAAUUUAUUAGGAUGGAAAAUUUACAAAACUUAUAAAAGGGAUUUGCAACUCAUCUUUUAUCUAUUUAUUGACUGGGCAACUACUGAAGAUAAUGAAACUACUGAACUUUAUUUGCAGGCAGCAUUCAAGGUAAACCUACUUGAUGGUUCAUGUGCAAAAACUGCAUGUUCUAUUUUUAAGAAG